GCCUGUUCUUCGUGUGUUCGGUAACUAAGGACUGAGUUACCAAGUUCUCCUCAACCGCGUCCGUAAAAGUGUCCUAUUGCACGAGGAUCUUCCUUAGCAACCGUGGAUAAACAUGAGUUACUACAGCAUAAGGUAAUAUAAAACAAACAUUUCUGUCGUGUUGUGUGAAUUUUGUUGUGUUUGACGAAGAGUGGAAUGGAAGGUCGACCGGUGUGGUUACGGUUUUUCUGUCGCCCGAGAGGACUAAACUAUCGCCCACAACUUGUAUGCAGCUCCAUUGCAGACAGAACCUGAGGAGGCUACAGUUAGCUCCUAGCUCUGAUAAGUUUGCUUUAACAUACAAAAUACAUCACACCGCCAGCAUAUCUCAUGUUACUGCUUAUUGUAGAUAUCUGUAACGAGCUCUCGGUCGUAAUGCUUCAACAUCCACAUUACUAAAUACUCUCUGUUGCAACAAAACCCUGUCGUAUCAGAUGAAUAACUACAUCACCACAUCUGCUCGUGUUAAACUGUGUUUUAUUGGCUUUUUCAUGGUUGAAUAAGAGGAACAGUCUGGUGUUAUAAACUUGUUUCAUGCAUGUAUAGUGUAUGUCUGAGUAACGGCUCCAGUGUUUGUUUAUAUGAACAUUAGAGGAGCUUUUGUGAGAGGUAGUUUUUUCUGAGCUGUUUCCACCCAUAAACGACUUCUAAAAAACCCAGAAGUUGAAAGAAAAGAAACCCACCGCCUUGAUAUUUUGUCUGCGUCGAGAUAUGAGAGCUAAAUCGUCUUUGCUUUUCACUUUUGGCUUUUAAGGUUAAGCCUGGCGAGGUUUAGCUUUGAAGACAGCAAAGCUGGGUGGAAAGAGAAAAGCUUUUGCAUGUCAUGUUUGAGCUUGUCUUUAUGAAACCUCUUUUUCAGUCAUAGCAUUCCUGCAAAGUAGUGGAGCCCCUCACCAAAGGAAACAAGCUUCUGUAAUGACUUAGUGAUCAGAUAGAUAAACACCGACCAGAUAUAAUGUCAGGACACCUAAUGCAACCCAACGCCAUGGAUUCUAGAGCUGGGACGAUAUGCUUUUCUCCCGAUUUGAUUCUUCUACGAUCUUUUGGAUGCCAAUUCGAUUUAAAUUGUGAUUCUACGAUAUUGUUGAUUUUCUCGAUAUUUAGUCUGCGUUUUUAACACCAGUUUAACAGUUGAAUGAUUAUGGUUUUCUAUUGACUAUUCCAGGAACCAUAUUUACUCAAAAAAUACACAUCACAUGUAAAUCAGUUUUUAAGAUUUAAGGUCCUUACAUACCGGAACAGUUUUGUUGUGCGAUUAUUUCAGACGUAAAUAUUUUUUCGAACCCGUAUCCUGUCAAUACAAGUGUUUACAUCAGCAACGUUUUCCCAUUCUGUGGUUUUGCGGCAUUUAUUCUUUCGGAUCGUGGUCAAUUUUUCUAGAGUUUAGCAUACUGUGUGUCCACUUCUGACCGAUCAGAUUGCAUGUUGUUGCGAAGUCAGAUUCAUCGGUAUGUCCAACAUGGCCAAUCAGAUGAUUUUGUUUACGUGUGGGAGAACAGAGUGCUUUUUGAUAAAAAACACAAAUAUUACAAAGAUAACGACCUGAAGGACAACUUGUGGAGAGUCAUAGCGUCGAAUCUCUUAUAUGACGAUGGUUUGUGUGCUUAAACAGUUUGCUAAACGUCUUUGUUUUAACUUUCAUCAGUGCUUACGUAAGCUAACAUUUGUUACCAUAGUUUAAUGUGCUUAUCUGGUACUGGCCCUGACUCAGUACAUGCUAUCAUGACAGAAAGCCAUCUUAACACUGUCUAAUCUCCUUCGUCUCUGAUAGGCAAUGAGUGCUGGCCGCUUGGCUUGAGCGUGUGAUGAUGUUUCCAGCUUUUCUUGCCAAUCAGAGGCGAAGGAGGCGGGAUUUCCCUGGGAAAAAUCUUCCCUGGGAUGCAUCUUUUCCCCCCCGAAAAGUCGCAAAAUCGCAUCGGGCUUGAUGUGUAUAGUCAGGCGCGUCAAAAUUCGCCUCUGAAUAUUUCGGGAUUUUGCGUUCUACAUUUGUAUCAAGGACCUUUAUCCCCCCCCCCCCCCAAUGGAUUCUAGUUUGAUGUAGCCUCUACAUUUUCUGUUUUCAUUGACAAGUUCAGACAGGUGAUAAUUGUGCUUUAUAUUAUAUGUUAUACUUGUAAUGGGUGUUGUUGGUGUACUAGGUUUCAUUGAAGUAAAAGUGCACCACCUUGCUCACCUCUCGCUAUGUCUUCAACUAAGCACAACAACUAAGUUUGUGGUAAAACUAUUACAUUAGAUUGACAAGGCGUUUGUAAUGUUAAGGCUGGUCGAUGUGUUUACUACACAAUGGAUUAACAAGAGAAAACAGCUGAUAGAAACAGACAGACUCCACAGGUCUCUCUGUACUUUUCUUCUGAUGUCGACUCAGCUGGUGGUUAAGUGAACAUCAGAAGUGUUGUUGCCAAGGUGUCUUGUGUCUGUGCGUGUCUGUGUGUGUGUUCGCACAAUGGAAGCCACUGUAAACAAUCUCCAGUCAGAGCAGAGGUCUGCUUUCAUUUUGCAGGGAGAUGACAAUCAAAGCAGCACCCACCCUUUCCUGUUACUUUCCCCUCUCUGGCUGUAUACGAAAUGUCAAUCAAGACACAUAAUGUAAGAUGUUGUGCUUCUUUUACAGUAAUGCUAAAAAGUUAGGUUUAAAAUUGCAUAUUGCGCCACAAAUAAAUACACAACCUCCGUCAUAUAACGUCAUGUUGCCAGGCCAGAUGUCUAACUAACCCAGGAGAAACUGUUGGCUUUGUAACUCAGUCAGUCAAGUAAUGUGAGACUCAUUCCUGAUCAGCACACCAGCUGUGGUGCACACACUACUCCGCUGGGUCAGAGAGUUGGUGUUAAAGUUCACAGAUGGCUGACUCAGCUUUUGUAACAAUGAACUUUCAAAAACUACAUCUUCUCUGUUUUUAAUUGACUCUUCUCUAACCUCUUGCAAACAAGUUAACUAGCUCAACACUACUAUUAUUCCCAGACAGAGAUUUUUCCCAAGGCACAAAACUUGCUCCCUUUCUCUUUAACUGGAAACUGCUGUGUCAGUUGGCAGAACAAAGUGGUUAUAGGGGUCGUAAAUCUCAGUCUUCUUCUUGAAUGGCUGAGGAGUUUUUAUAACAGCAUCUUGAAUGUUUUCUUAUAAGAAAGGAGGAAGUUUGUAAGUUCUGUAUUUGCCAACAUUUUCCAUGGUUGUCACUGCAAGUUCUGCCAUGACUUUUUUAAGACAAGAGUUUCAUUUGCCAUGUGUCUGGGUACAGAAGUAAAUACCGCUGUGUAGUAUCAGUGUCCAAGUACAAAAGGCUGCGGUUAUUACUGUAGUAAAUCCUGUCAAGAAUACUCUUUGCUUGGUUCAGAGUUGAAUCAGGGCAUCUACACUCAUCAUUAGGUGUUCAUAUACCAUCAUUUAAACCAUGAAACAUAAACCAUGGAUGCAAAACGUUCCUCUGUUGCUACAAAGUAUCACAUGUUAACAUUUAAUCUAGCUACUUUUUACAGCUAUUCAUGCAAAAAUUUAAAAAAACUAACUGACUAGGAUGAAGGUAAGGAAACACUCGCAGAACGGUCAGAUACUAUUGAAUAAGGUGAAUUACAGGAUCACAGAAUCUGGGGUAAACAAAAUCAAAUCACUGAGUGGGGCUAACAGUGGCAGAGCUAGCACCACAAGCCUUCAGUUGUCCUUGUAGAUUCAUACACAUGCCUGUUAGUGAGUGGUUACAUGUCAGUUAAACCAAACACAACCUACUCUACAUUAUACAACUUUAUCUUCAUUUAGACUGUAAAUUUUCUUGUGUGUACAAAUUGUAAUCUUGCGGAAAAGAGUAAAUUUGCUUACAGAGAAGUUGUAAUCCUGCGAGAAGGACUUGUAAACUUUUGGGAACAACUUAUAAUGUGAACACAAGUUGUUAUCAUGUGAUAGAAAGAAAUUGAAUUUCACACAUCUUAUUAUCUUGUGUGCACAAGUUAUUAUCUUUUACACACAAGGUAAUUGCGUAUUCCCAGAAAAUGAUUAUGUUGUGAGAACAAGUUGAUUAUCUUGUGCACACAAGUUAAUGUCUUGUGAAAAUAAGUCCUAUUUUCUUGUGAAUAGAAGUUGAGAUCCUGUGAGACCAAACCGUAAUCUGGUAGGAACAAUGAUCUUGUUCGUACAAGUUACAUCUUGUGGAAAAAAAGUCAUCGUUAUAUGCACAUUUUUAUCAUCUUGUGUGCACAAGUUACAAUCUUGUGAAACUAAGAAAAUUACUUGUUCCCACAAGGUGAUCAUAUUGAGGGAACAAGUCAAUUUUCUUUCAAGAACAAGAUAAUUAUCUUAUUCCCACAAUUUAAAGUCUUGUUGGAGCAAGAUACCGCUAAUAAUCACUAAUCAGAUCAAGUUAAUUAUGUUGUGCUGAUAAGUUUGUCAUCUUGUGAAAAUGUGAUUUUUUUUUGUUGUGAUCUUGUUAGAACAAGUCUAAAAUUUUCAGGAACUUUUAUCUUGUGAGCAAAGGAUAAUCUUGCAGGGAAAAGAAAUGAUCUUGUAUGCACUAGCUUUUAUCUUGUGCACACAAAACAAAUACUUGUUCGUACAAGAUAGUUGAAUUGAGGGAACAAGUUAAUUAAGAUGUGCAAACAAUAUAUAAUCUUGUUGGAACAUGCUUUUUUAUCUUGCGAGCACCAGUUAAUUAUGUUGUAUGCUCAACAUUGUAAUCUUGUUUGAAUCAGAUUUUGUGAUCUUAUUGAAAUUAAUAUCUUUUGAAAUAACUUUUCUGCACCCUAUAGAUAUCUUGUGUUUUCAAGAUGAUGAUUGCCAAGUGGACACAUAAAAAAAGCCCUUCCCUCAGGUACUUGAAGCGCUCUGAAAGAGUGUGUACGAAGCAGCCUUGACUCAAAAAUGAACUCGGCCCUGGUAUCAGUGGCUUGGCAUCAGAGGUGGUUAGCGCCUGUCUGUUCUCUGUGUAAAGUUGUGUUAUGCUGUUGUUGUCACGCUGAGCUUCAUUUUCAGGAAUACGACUCUGCAUUUGAAUGAGACGACUCAUUUUUGAGGGUUAAAUAAAUUAGAAUGCACUGUCAGAAAGUGUCUGUCUGCACAGCCAGGUAUUUUUAUUUUUUUUUGGUGAGACAAGGAAUGCAAGUGUGAAAAGGAGUUGAUCAAAUUGACAAUCCAAACUCCUCUCAUUGUUUUAAAUAAGUCAGCCGAGACUAAUGCUGCUCAUGUACGGCAGUUGAAUUCUGUACAACAAGCGUGGUUUGAGGUUGAGUUGUGAUUUACUGUGGGCAUCCACAAGACUCCAUAUGACCCAGUUGGCUGGAAUAAAUCAUACUCUGAGGCUCUAAAGAAACAUCUCUGGUAUUUGUAAUGGACUCACUUUGUUGGAUCCUGCUGCAUUGCACACACUCUGCUGAAAUUGCAUUUUUUGUGCUAUGUCUAUGCAUGGAGGGUUAGAGUUUUGUUCCUCUUCUUUUCCUCCAACAUAAGAAAAAUCAAAUUUUCAACAACUUGCGUUUUAUGAAAGUUUCAUUGAUAAGGUAAAUCAUUAUUGAUGCAGAAGAGAAGUUGAAUGCAUCCCUGUGAGUCCCAGAGGGAAAUGGUAUUACCAAACUGUUGUAGCUUAUUUCCAUGAUGUGUUUUGUGCUCAGUAAUGACUCCCUUUGGUGAAUGAUUCCCCUGUCUAUCAUCGGUGUACUUAUAUGCUAUUUUACCUCAGUCUCUCGGGACAAACACACACAAACACACUCUUGAUUUUUUCCCUCUGUGCUGUCACUCUCUUUCUCUCGCAAAAAAAAAAAAAAAGAUUGGGAGGCUCUGGUUGCCUGGCAACUAGAUAAAGGUCCCCAGAAGGUAUCUGUUUUUAGAAAAGGUAAUCUAUAAAAUCCAGUUUAUUGAGUUAACCUUUUCAAAUCAGUGCGUGCUUCUUAAUAUGAAGAUGAGGAACACAUACUGGAAUCUGUUGCGCAGUAAUCCAGUAAUGUGGACAGGAAUGACAGACAUAUAUUUAGGCUAUUUAAAGCUAAAUCAUUUCCUACUAUCGCAUUUAUGUGAGGAGCCAGACAGGAAUCAGAUUUGUGGUUUGAUACGCAGUCUUUUCUUUGAGUCACAGGAAAUGAGCAGCUGAGUCUUCCGGAAAGUUACUGGAAAGUUGUCUUGCGCAAAAUUAGGGGAAUUUGAGUGCCCCCCCUCCUUGCCACAGAUGAAAAAGAGAGGAUAUUUUUGUGUUUAGUUCCAGCACUUUCAAACCUACUAUUUGGAGCUGAAUCCUCAUGCGUUGUCUGGAGAGUGAAGUCAUGGUAACAGCUCGGAUCCUCCCCAGUCACCGGUAGCUGUCACUCCCCUGGGUGGGACGGAGCUACUCUCUCUCAGUGACAUAACAGCAGAGAUGUUGGAGCCUGCGGUGCUUUCUGUAAGGUAGCACCAAACAGUGACUCCAAGCUUUAGUGACAGUGUAGAAAGGAGAGACGAGCAUUCCUGCAGCAGCAUCCAUGGACACUGUCAAGAACGGGGGAUCUCAGCCGGUCUACAGCCGCUGGUCGUACAGGUAUGGCAGCGCACAGGAACACAUACAGAACAUCCUUGUGUUCUUUGCAAGACUUAGGACUCAUUUUUACCUGCAUUUCCACAUACUUCUUAACCUGAUGUUGGCAGCUGAGUGGCUGACCUGCAGUCAAAGAUGUGCCUGUUGCUCAUGUUUCUGCUGCCGUGAUGUCGUUACUUAUUCAGAGCAUCGGGCUGCAACUGUGCUGUAACCAGAGUUGGUGAUAUGCGUAUGUGUGGACAGCCUUUUUUUGUAUGCUCUCGGCUGCUUUAUUUGAACACUAUGUAACUAAGAAUGUGCUCAGAAUAUCCAUCCGACUGAAACGACUGAGACUGUUUGUGGUCCUUUCAGGACAUAACGUAUACUUAGAAAUUUUGGGUUUACCAGCAAUCCAGCUUGUUCAAGUAGCAGCCAAUUAAGGGUCAAUGUAUAUUGAUCAGAUUGAAAUUAAUUACUGGAACCAAGACAUGGUGUGCAGGACCCAGACUGCACCCAACUGAAGCUAAAAAUAAGCAAACUUAGCUGAUGUCACUCAGUGUAAACUGGUUGUUUCUAAGGAGUUAGGGUUAACCCCAUAAGGUUAACUCUAACCCUAACAUUUAAAUGGAAAGAGGGUUACAAGGGCCACAUAAAUAAGCACAGAUUGAGUUUUUCUACCUUGUCACUGUCAGAACCUGACCAGAACUGAUUAAUCAGACCGCUUUAGGUGGAUUUAGAGACUGUUUGCAUGAAAACCUACUCAGAAGAAAACUGAUGAGUUCUGCUGCUGUCCUUUACACAGAAACAACAUUUAUGGUGACCGAAAAUAAAAACUUGUAAACCAGGCUUGAGAGUAGAGCCUUUUGAACCAUCACCUCUUCCAUCGCCUUGUAGAACAGUAAUACCUAGGUCCUUUAAAAACGGGGACUUCCCACCUCCAUUUGUAAAUGCAUAUUGGUCGAAUAGUACUCCCUGCUUGAAAGGCAUCCUGUCCUCAGGGGUGAUUUAUUACAAAUUUGACCACUACUCUGUUAAGCACUCUCCAGUAUUUUGCGCAGAAUAACAAACCACUUUUGUUGCAUUUUGUCCAAUCAGGAUCAAGCUUUUAACAAAGCCAUGCUGUUGAUUGCAUUAGAAUAUGCAAGGAAUUACACACAAGAUCUCUCUGUCUAUCUAUUCGAGGGGUCGACUGAUAUUGGUUGUUUAGGGCUGACACUGAUGCUGAUCAUGAGUAGUAACUGAUAAUCAAUAUAUGGACCUGUUAUGGGUUGACAUAACAAAUUUGGAAAAAGACACACUUGUAAUUGGUUUACAGUCAUAUAUUCCGUUCCAGUUACCUCAGAGGUCGGAUGUCGGAGCUGGGAAUGGCGUUACACCCAAGUUGAUGGCGUUCCAGCUAAGAAGUAGGAAAACCAAGAUGGACACCUACAGUUACCCGCUGUUAGCUGUUGUUUAAACUUAUCAGCUGUUCUUAGCCGUUGUCAGCGGUUGCUGGUUGUUGUUAGCUAUACCAGCUGUAAACAACGCAUAACACAGUAUUUUACUCUUACAAACACCGUAGCACCAUGUUCCGACUUUACGAGUCGGAUAUCCGUUCAAGAUGAAUUUCCAACUCAGAGCUUGGAAAUUCCGACUUCUGAGUACAGCUGGAACACAGCAUUACUCCCUAUAGACAGUGCUAAUGCCUGGGGUAGCUGAUUGUUAUAAAGUUUCCACAAAAAAAAAAAAAAAAAAAAAAAAAAAAAAAAGGUGUCAUUUCACGACUCACACAUGUCAGGGGUCAGAUCUGCUUAUUUUUCCUGCAAGAUUAAAUUUGAAACCAACACUAUCUUUGCCAAAUAUAAUUUAUUCUAAUGUAUAAAUCAUCAUUUGUCCACUUGCUCUUUGAGACACCCCCAAGUGGCCUUUGAUGGAACUGUAGGUUUCAGGGUUGUGGCUCGAAUGACACCUGCAAUUAUAAAUCAGGUGGGAAAAGAAGUGCAUGAGACCUCUAGAAGCUUGUCUUGUUUUUCAGCUGAGUUUACAACACAGACUUAAAUGAGCUAUAAUUAUGACUGUCAAUUUAACCUAUAGGUUUUACUCAAGGGAACUACUCAGGUUAAAAACUCAAGAGCAACAGGUGUUGCCUAGUUUCACGCUGUUCCCCGAGCUGGAAGCUGUUCAGCCGUUGGCAAAGUUAAAGCCUUUUAAUUAAAAAGAACAACAGCUAAAGUGGUCAUGGUGAAAUGAGAUGAUGCAAACCAUCCCACAGUACCUUUUCUGCGCAGUUUAUAUUUUUAUUCAAUUUAUAUGCACCUCUGUAAAGUCCCCAAUGAAAUACUGUCUAAAUAGGUAUUUUGGUUUUCAUGUGCAGUUUAAAAAAAAAAAAAGGCCCGCUAACCUUUGCAGACCCUUCCCCACUUCAGAGUGUAUAUCUUUACAGCUCAGUGUUAAGACCUCGAAUUACAGCCAAGCUUAAGAAGUGGCUGCAGGAUUUUAAUCAAUGCUGUUGACAGAGGUGAAAUCGCCAUGGUAACGGUGGCCUUACACACACACAAAGAAGAGACAACAGUGGUGCGUCCUCGUCUUGUCACCCAAGCUGUGACGGACUGAUGAAAGAUUGAUCACUCACAGCUGUGAUGAGGUGUUGUCUACGUGUGAUAUGAGUGUGUGUGUGUGUGUGUGUGUUUAUGUUUUGUUCUCCAGGAGGACUCUAUCUCUUGACCCUGAACAGGUUAAAGUAUUUUUAUAACACUCUGAAGGUUGUCUUUUAUUUGAAGUUGCACCUGUUGUCAUUAUAAUAGAUAAUUGAUGUCCUCCAAAAUGUCACCUCCGAUAGCAGACAUUAGGAGCUUUCUAGGAAGUAAUACGUCUCGUCCCUUUACAGCUCUGUAUCCUGUUGCUUAACUCGUUCUAUUCUCUGUUUUCCACAUGUUCUGUGCUGCUGGCCUUGAUACUUGCUGUUUUUCCGAAAGACCCUCCAGCUCUGCCAGCUUCUCGUCCAGCACAACAACAAGGUAGGCAGCAAUAUACUACUGUAGACAUAAUCUAAUGCAUGCACUCACAAAGCUGUCAGAAUCUUGGUUAGGAAAACCAAAGAGAAAUUCUGUACUGUUCAUUUAUUUAUUUUCAAUUUAAUGCGUAUGUCCGCUUAUUCAAGGUAAGUUGACACAGGCCCUUAGUGCUGUGAAAUAAAUGGACUGAUGUCAGAAGAUCGAAGGAGGAUAAGAGAAAUUUUUUUUAGGUCUGACUUGUUCCCUCAGAUUUCUGACUAUUUUCUUCGACUUCUGAGCUGAACUUUGCCCGCCAGUUUUUAAAUUGAACCCUUUAACACCUUUUGUAUCAUAUUUGAUACAUACUUUAAUGAUACUUUAAUCAAAUCAAUAUGAUUAAGAAAUUACUAAAAAAGCACCUGAAUACAGUCUGAUAAAUGAUAAAAAUGUCCUCUUUUAGUUUAUCAGUUUCCAAAAUCAUCGAAUGUAUCAAACAAGAUAUAUACAUAUAUUUGUUACAUUUUGAGGACAUUUUGAUUUUCUUGGUUUUCAGUAGUAAGUGAAAUAAACAUUUCUGCUCCAAAAAAAUUUAAACCACAAAUUAUGGCCAGAAAAUUCUGACAUUAAAGGGCUAGAGUUUUGAUCACAUCCUUUUCUAUAAAAAUCUAACAGGGACUAACUGAAACUUUCAAUUUAAAAAAAAAAAAAAAAAAAAAAGGGGACAAAUGCUCAGAAAAUUACAAAAAAACUGAUUUGAUUAUAUUUUCAAAAUUCAGUACGCAUUUUAAAGUAUAGAUCAAGAAGAUUACAGCCUUAUGAAAUAAAUUUAAAAAAUGGUGAAAGUCCUGAUCCACAUGUUCAAUCAGUAAAAAAGAAAAAAACAAAACAAAAACAAACAAACAAAAAAAACACCAUUGUAGCCCUUUAAUGCCUGACAUCACAAUUUAAGGCCAGAAAAUUAAAUUUUUUUUUGGAGCUAAAAUGUCCUUAAAAUUUAACUAAUAUAUUUAUUUAUCUCAUUUGAUAGAUGUUUUUGGAAACUAAUAAACUAAAAGAGAAACAUUUUUUUCAUUGAUCGGACUGUAUUCAGGUGUUUUUUAGUAAUUUGUUGAUCAUAUUAAUUUAAUAGAAGUAUAUAAAAGUACGUAUCAAAUAUGAUACAAAAGGCAUUAAAGGGUUAAAGCCAACUUUCCUGUCUCCUUCCUUGAAAGCCCUGUAUGUGUAAUUAAGAACUCCCAUCAUCCUCUACUUUCUAUGUCUUCCUCCUGUCACCAGCAUCUGCUCUCAGGUGUUGUAAUGGCCUCCCAGGGGGCCCAUCUGCUUGUCAGUGUCAACACCAUCGGACGCUCGGUGAUGGAUUUACAAGUGAUGAUAUGACACACUGGUGCAAGACAAACUUUGAUGCACAGUAGUAGAUGCUCGGCUGCUGAUGACGGCGUGAAUGUGAACGCAGUAGGAUCAUUACGGCGCCGCUCGCUUCGAAUGAGUUUCAGGGACUCGUCAGCUUUUGGCUCUCAGCAACUGUCCCCCAGAGAUGAGCGGUGAUGUCAGCAAGCACGGGCUUGAGGUCCUUAAGAGGAGUGUGUCAUCACCUCUACACAAGAGGCAGGGGGAGGAAAUGAGGAGUAAGAACGUGUGAGUCAGAUGAUGACAGAGAAAUAGAGGUAGAAUGAUGGGGAGAUUUCUCCUCCUAAUCUGUGAAUUCUUCUCUAUAAAAAGAAAAUGUUGGCUCAGCAGCAGAACUUGAGAUAUUUAAGGAUGAACCUGACGGGAGGGAUGAUAGAAAUGAAAAGGGAUGUUAGUGAUCCUCACACUACAUCAGCCUGUGGGAGUGACUUGUGUAAAAGACACUGUGGGUCUCUGAGUCAGAUUCCCGCUGUUGCCCUUCUCAGCAUGCUCACCGUAGCUGGGCAACAUGGGCCUGGUCCCUUCAGAUAGGUGUCCUGGGUGAAUGCCCAAAGGACCGAGACUGUGAGGCGUUCUCUCAGCUGGAGCUUGAUCUGUUCAUAGUCCUUCUUUUUUCUUCCUUUUUUUGUGACUCAAAACCUAUUAUUUUUUAUUCCCUCGUUUAAAGUACCACUGUGACUAAAUUCUAUAAGUGUCCUUUUUUGGUUUAUUUGAAAGAAGAUAAAAAACAGCAUGGAAGCUCUUAUAGAGUUUCAUGAAUUUAGCAUUAAUGAUGACCUCUACUGGUUUGAUGAGAUACUAAAAUUUGUUAUGGAUGCUUCAAAGGUUACAUGUCUGAUAUUUGUUUUUAACCUUUUUCUCUGCAGUGGCAUCGAAGACGACAGCGCCAGUUUCAUGCAGCAAAAGCUGGAAAAACAGGUAAAAAAACCCCACUUCAAUUACAAAUGAAGAGCUCAAACAUUCAGUUAUGUCAUACUGCUGUUUCUACUGCAUUUCCCAAGACUACAAUGUCUCUAUUCACAAGUGCAACGUGAUGAUAUUGCUACUUGAAGUCAUUGACAUCCAUUAAGCAGAUGAACAACUGGCUAAUUAAGCUUGGAUUGUCUGAGACUUUCGAACAAUUUCUCUUAAAGCAGUCAGCCAUAAACAAACCUCAACCAAAAAGCCACUCUAUAGCCAUAAAUAAUGCUCAGAACAGCACUUAACUUCAUCAACAGUACAUAAGGUCCCAGCCAUAGUCAUAGACAUCCCCCUUCGAGAGAUGAAUGUUGCCGACCACUUGCUUCUCUAGUUAUACCAACUUAAGUAACGAUCAUCAUCAUGAUCAUUUCUUUGUGGAAAUGCAAUCAGACUAAGAUGCUUAGAAGAACUACCGCUUCUACAGUACAAAAUCAUUAAUGUAGUAGUUAUUACUUCAUGGAAAUGAUCACAAAUGUUCUUCCUUGAGCUGCGUCACCCCACUGUAGUCAGUAAUGGACUGCAGCGAGGUCUCCGUACAAACAAGCUUCUGCUGGAAGAGAGUAGGUGAGUUGUGUUUAAUCUCUUUGCUAAAGAAAUUAGGCAAAGCUAAACAGAUUUUUGGUGGCUAGGGAUGUUUUCUGUGGCUUGGACCCUAUAUGUACUGUCGAUGAAGUUAGCAUUUAUUUGUGGCUAUAGAGUAGCGUUUUGGUUGAGGUUUGUUUAUGGCUCCUCAGACCGCUGUGUAUUGCUAUCGUGCGGUCGUUACCAAAGUUGGUAUAACCAGAGAAGCAAGUGGUCUGCAACAUUCAUCUCUCAAGGGGGUGUCUAACUUGGUGUUACGGUGUGUUUGACCCUAAAUUAAUUUUAUCCCUUUUAUCCCCAGAAUAUCCCUUUAAAAUGUCUCUGAAACUUGUCCAGAGACUGAGUAAUAUUCCCACUCUGCACAUAUUUGUUGAUACUUAUGUUCAACCGAUAACUCUGCGUUCUCAGUAUGUUGGCUCUUAUUACUCUGGCAUAACACCAUUCAACUGGAGCAAUGCAUAACCAGCACAGACACAAGGACACUGACCUACAAAGAGGAUCAUAGAUAUUAUAUACGGUACAGCAGCCCUCUACCUCAGAUACAGAGAUGUGUUGUAGUUUAAGAGUGAACCUGUUGUGUAACUGGUCACAGGCCAAGAUUUAGCCUGGAACAAACAAAACUGAAGGGCUGAGAUGACCUGGUGUGUUUCAGCUCUGAUGCCACCAAGGGGAGCCAACAGUUGGCACGAAAAAGUUCAGCAUCGCCGCGGUAGCGUGCUACUCUGGGAUUAAUGUUGUUGUUUCGGAAAUCUCCUGUUUUUCACCUGCCCGGUCACUUGGAAUUUUAAUUCCUGGCUCGCUCCUGGAGCAGAAUUGUUUCACUUUAUCCGCCCAUUACCUGGCAUAGCUCUCCCUCUGCCACAGAUUUGUUCUCUUUUCAUCCUUUGGCCCCCUUGAGUCUUUGUAAGACACUCUAUUACAAACCGCGUUGAGGAGCUGCAGUGUUAGCUUUGAUUUAAGCUGGAAGCUGUGCACCACUAUCGCACACAUUAGGCAGCGAGGAUCAGGAGGGGAAGAUUGGGGAAGUUCAAAGAAAGAGGAGGAUUUAGAGUGAGGUGCCUGGCUUUGUGUGUGUGUGUGUGUGUGUGUGUGUGUGUGUGUGCGCACUAUGGUUGCUGCUGUGGCUCAGUUGUGCAGCACACACUCAACUGACUCCAUUCGGCCUCCUUUUGGGGUUCUCUCUUAUGUAACAAAUGAGGACAAACACCUCUCAAAAGUGCAAUCGAAAUAAUGAUUAAAUGAGCACAAUCAGGAAACACAAGUGUGUGUGUAUUUAAAGAUGUGUGUUUUACUAAUGUUAACACAUUUUUAAUAGAUAAACCGACACUUCAUGGCUUGUGGUUGUGAACCUAUCUCACUCUGAGUGCACCUCGAGCCCCUUUUCUCUCUCUCUCUCUCUCUCUCUCUCUCUCUCUAUCUUCCUCUCUGUCGCUCUACCCCCUGCCGAAGCGCUAAUGACUGCUGAUUCAGUUAGCAGCAGCGGCACACACGUACACGCACGCACAGGCAUACAUUCUGGCUUUCAGAGGGAGAGGACCUUUUUCUGUCGAAGUGCAGGGGAAAAGGGCUGCUGGUUCACUGAUCAUCAGACUUACAGGAGAGGAAUAAGGGGACGGAGAGGAAGGAUCAUGCCCAGCAGGCGCUCUGCUCAUUGGGAGAGAGUGUAGUUCUGGCUGACUACAAGAAAAAUGGAUUUUUCUCUUCUGUAGGGGUACCUGUUAACUUUGGCUCACACUUGUUCAGGAUGUCAAUGGAGCGGGUUUGUAACUUUUUUCUGUUAAUGUGAUCUUUCAUCUGUUUCUAUUUGUGAUCCAGGAGGGGGCUAUAGAUGGGGGCUGUUUUUUUAUCUUCCUGUCACACUGAAACUUUAAAGUAAAAUCAAACAAACAAAAAAAAACUGUAAAUGAUUAAUAUGUCACUGAGUUUCAGAUCAUUUCUCUUUAAAUUACAUUCCUACUUGAGUCUAUUUUUUCUCAUGUUUUGACCAACUCAGGAAAAACUGCUCAAGCCUGAAUGAAGUCACAUCCUUGUCUGGGCAUACAAACUAUUCAGUCUUCACUAAAAAUGAAGAAUCACAAUAGACUGGCUUAAAAUAGCAACACGAGGGGAAGGCAACACAAAAAGUCAGACUCUGAUUACAUGAACUAUGAGUUCAGUGAAUGCCAUUAGCUGAAGGAGGUUGGUAAGAGUUAUUGAAUUGUACUUCAGUAUAUUUUAAAGGAGACUCUUUCACCUUCAAUUGUCGGUGUUUUAAACAAGUCAGAAUAAGUCAGCUGUAAUUUGAUAAAAAGUAUUAUUAAAGUAAAUUAUUUAAUCAUCUUGUUAACUUUUUGUGGGGGCUUAAACUGACAUACAGUUUCAGGUUUUGAUGUAGUUAAUAGGAGUUUGUCUUACACACUCUUUCUGAUAUUACUGUAUUAUGUGGACUUAAGCCAGAAUACAUUUUUUGAUUAUUGGGACCUUGACUCACACAUACUUUCUGGUUUUAAUAUUGUUGUUAAGAGUUAAACACAGCUUGAGGUUGUAAUGUUAUUUAAGACUUUUUCAAUUGCACACAUUUUUUGGUUUUAAUGUAGUUCCAGAGACCUUUCCAAAUCUUGUUCAACUCUUUGUGGGGACUUUGUUGCAUACACAUGGUAGUUUUUCAUGGCUAUCGAGACCUUAACUUAAAUUUACUUUUUGAUUGCAAUAGUUUUCAGUGACCAAACCGACAUAUUAUGUUUAAUUUUAAGUCAUAAAUCAGGACUUUUAUUGACACACUUCAUCUCUUUUGUUCUGACGAACCUCAAGUUAAGUUUCUAGUUUGUGAUUUGUGGGACUUUUACUAAAACACAGCUUAUUGUUGACAUAAUAGUGCGGGAACUUUAACUUGCAAUCACCUUCCAGCUUUAGGUGCUAUUGAAAUUUUACAGUUUUUCAGUGACUUAAACAAGCAAACUAAAUGUUUUAAAGUCAUAUGUCAAAUGCGGAAACAGAUUUUAAAGCCCCAAGGCUCUUGAUGCACUUGUUUUUUUGUAGAAAUAAGGCAAUCAGUACCCUCUCUAUUGCUCAAUCACCACUUUUACUCAUUGCCAUAUUCAGUUAUUUUUAUUAUCUCAUUCUUCCUAUGUAGGCCUGUUAUAUUCAUGAAGAUUUUCAGUGUUAGAAGAUAUUGCUGUAGUUUCGCAGAGCUGGGAAAACUGUGACAUUUGUGAGAGACACUUUCCCAGGGUUUGCACAGUGACUGAUGAGUUCUGACAGCUUUUUGGUUUGGCAAAUAUGAGACUUGGCCUCACUGGUCUCUUCCAGUUCACUAAACAGCAUCACCAUACAGCACUUGUUGUUGUGCAUUUGAUGCACUAAUUAACGUGCUUGUGUAAUCCAAUGGCUGCUUCGGCCACAGAGGACAGAAUUUGGAAUGAAAGAACGCCACAACAACAGCAUGACAAGGAAGUACUUUCUAUGCUCAAUAAAAUCUCAUGAUGAAUCAUUAGGAACUAUACUGCUCAAGCUGCAUAAUAUGCCACUUAGGAUGGGAGGCUUCGCGUCAUUGAUGACAUUUUCCUGCAGCCUACAAAACUACAUUAGCACUUGACCUUUUUUUUUCUUUGAAGGGAAUGUAAGACGUUCUGUCAAAGAAAUACAGCACUAAACCAAAUGACGCUCUUACAGCACCCUUUUUGACACCGUACUCUGAGGUAACCUGGCCUUGGCAUCAUUCUUGUCCCUCUUGAGUCACAGUGUGUUCACAUAACCGCUCUGUGCCACUCAUUACAGCUUUAACUCUUUACUUCAUUAUGAAAUAAAUCCAGCUAAUGAUAGCAAAGCUAGCACCAUUAGCCUCCCCUCUUUCAGCUUAUAUGCUUGUUAAACCAGAAACUGAAUCUAUAUUCACUGAGUCUAUAACUAAAUCUAUAUUUUUCAGAUCAAAUUCUUGUUGAACUACACUCUGCUGUUACAUGCUAUCUAUAAUUGUCUAAUAGCAUUUUGGUAGUAACCAUGAACUGCAACAACGGCUACAUCGUGGGGUUAACCUGUUACCCUGUUUGACCCACAGCGAGCUCUACUGGAGCAGAAGCAGCGGAGGAAGCGUCAGGAGCCCCUCAUGGUUCAACCCAACACAGAGGCUCGACCCCGGCGCUCCAGGACUCGGCGAGGUGAGGAGCAGGCCCCACUGGUGGAGUCCCAACUCAAUGUCACCAACGAUGUCAUCAUGGAUGGUGAGGAUUAAAAACCAAAAAAUCAACUUUUUUAAUUUGUGGUAUUUCAGUCUACCAACUCUACACUGUCUUUAUCUGCUUUAGGUAUCGAUGGCCCAGCCGCUUUCUUGGGCUCAGAAACGCCUGACCAGGGAAUGAAAAUCCAAAUCCUGUCUGUAAGCUCACCACAGUCCCAGUCCCCGUCUCAAUCUCGGUCUCAGUUCCAGCCACAGUCUAGGUCUCAGCCUCAGUCCCCCGCUGCUGAAGAGCCCGAGAGAGACGGAGACACCGAGACGCUGCUAGAACCCAAGACAGACAUCCAUGAAUUACUGCAGAAACAAGGUAAGUCCUGCAGAGAUUUAGGGAUUUAGAUAAAAGCCUGAAGAAAACAAAGCUGACAAAGCACGAGAGCAUCAUGAUGUUUUUAGAGAUAAUCUGUUCGCCAGAGAAGUUUCGGUUAGGCAGGUGACGCAAAUAAAAUGUAACUCGAAGCAUCAUUUUAAAUGAAGAUUAACGUGUAAGUAACCAGAAUAUGUGUUUUUUUUAAUUUUAUUUUGUUUUUCCAAGCUCACCAUAAAUGUUAAGAUGAUACCACUGUGGUAUUUUUUUAAUGGCCCAAUAAUCAUGAGGUGAAAAAGAGAUUUUGCGACUGCAUUCUCCGUUCAAAUGAUACUCAUAUUGGGAAUCAAAAUUUUAAAAAAAUGUUUUUUCUUUGUGAUUUUUAUUUAUUUAUUUAUUUUUUUAGGGUUUUUUAACUUUUAAAUAUUAUGAAUUUUGAAUUGAUGUAUCAUUUUUACUUAGUCCACUUCUCUUCUUGUUGCUGGUGAAAAACAGCUUCUAAUCACCCUCUGCUCAUGUAGUUCAGUUUUAAGUCCACACCCAUCAGCAGCUAUUGUGAAGCUUAGUCUGUCUUUCUGAUACCCCUCAGAAUUUUAAGCACUUUGCCGCUGCUGCUGCUGUAUGAAAUAUGGAUACAGACAGUGGUGUGAUUGAUGGCGGUGCAGCGAAAAAUGGGUCAUUUAAUAAUAGGCUGGGGCACUGUUCAGACAGCAGUGCUCAUCUAUGGCAUCAUUAUAGCUACAGCCACCCACAUUCAGCGCCUGCUGGCAGGGAUUCACAAAGUUUAUGGACAAUGUAUUCUAACUAAGCAAAAGUGGGUUGUGCAUUUUCAUGAUCCAUCUGCAACUUUGGAAAAAAAAAGUUCCCUAACCUGUCAACAUGUUGACUUUUGUUUCCACAAUGCUACAGCAGCAAGUAUCACUUUUGAUCACUUAAAAGCACAUUGUUAAUAUUCAAGGUUAGCAUGAGGUCGUGUAUUUUUAACUCUGAGGAAACAAAGUUUCACUUUUUAAUGCAUUUUCAGGAACCAAUCAUUGAUUCAAUUUCACCUUCACCAUGACGAUUUUAUUAGUUUGACUACAAACUGGAGCUGAGUGAUUAAUUCAGUUUCAAUCUUGUGAUUUUAACAUAAAAUUAAUCUUUUUUUUUCAAUAAUCAAGCCCCUCCACUACAAGUUACUUUUCAGAUUUUGAUGUCCAAGUAAAUAAUAGAACUGUGUUAGUGUAUUUUAAUUGGUUGUGAGGGAAACUGUCUCCACACACUAAGCGCGAGUAAAAUCAUUUUGAAUCACAGGUAGAAUCACAUGCUAAGUCAAUGCAAAGACGCGAUUAGACUCUCCUACCACUCUGGUGGCGUGAAUGACCCGAAUUGGGUGGGAGCUGCAAAUGUCUCAACUUGAGCGGAUAUUCGCAGCACGAAAACUAAUCAGCACUAAGGUUACCUGGUAUGAAAGUGGAUGGUCGUUCACUGGUAUCUAAAAUGGAGGAAAAACUGAUCAUGUUAGUUUGUGGGUGCCCUGAAUUAUAUAUUACCUUUUCUUUCAAUCACCGAAACCAGAAUAAAAAGGAGCUCGCCUGGAGGCAGGUGAGUGAGGAGGUCGGAUUACCUGGUAAAUUGUAAAAGACCUUUGUCUAUUACUUGAUCUCGCCGGUUGAAUUGGCAGGGAUUACCGUUGAUAUAAGCGCGAGAAAAUACAAUUCAUUUAUGCGCCUUUAAGCGAGUAGAUGGUUUUACUCAUGCUCGGUGUGAGUGCCCACAAGGCCACUUGACAGUGUGUCAAUAAAGAAAUAACAUUCAUAUAACUCUGUUUAAUGAGCUCCAACUUUAUCAGCGGCACCAAAAAAGGAAUGGAUUUUAAUUCAACAUUUAGAUUAUAUCCUUAAUAUCACAAAAUAGACAAUGACUAACUCUUUAUUUGACUUCUAAACGUAUAGUUUGAUGCUUUUGUACUUUUUCGUCAUGACCUUGCUUUAAAAAGUUUGUUCCUACCUAUUGAUAUAAAAAAAAAGAUGAACUGCACUAACUUUUUACAUUUCCCUCUCAAUGAGCGACUCAUAGGAGAAAGCAGGGUCAGAUAUUUUGUGAAAAUACUCUCCUUUCACAUGAAGAGGACAAACGAAUGAAUGACUAAAUUAUUAUGCAGUGGUGUCAGGUUUUAGAGUUUUAAUUCAAAGGUCUCUAACCUCUCCAGAUAGUUGAGUCUAUCAGAGAGUGACUCAUGACUGUGCUUGGUUUUUUUAAUUGCAGCCCUUGAGUCACUGUUUGGGGGAUUGUUACAUUGAAAAGCCAUAUUUCAAAAUGACUCACAUCUUCUCGGAGGGAGCACCGCAUACCCUCAGUUCAACUUUUGUAAAUACUCUCGUGUAAAUAUUGUGUUAGACUUUCGCAUUAUUAUUCUGUGCGCUCUCUUCCCGCUCACUCCCGAUCCUGCUCGGUUUGGACGAGAAGAAAACGUGUCUCUGUGUGUUUGUAUGUGUGAAGCAGGCUUUAGCAGUCGGAGCUCAAGAAUCUUUUAAUGAAUUCGCUUCUUCACUUCAAAGCUGACGAUUAAAUUACAGUCAUAAGGGAGACUUGUGCAACAUGAUCUCUAAUAUUAAACCCACCAUGUUAUCAUAGUUAAUGCUGUUUUAGGUCAAGCAGUUUAUUCAAGCUUAAUUUGAAUCACAGUUAAACAGCCCCGUGCAUGCCUUUGAUUCUGCAAGGCCAUUAAAAAACACACUUUUCCUCCCUCGGUGAGAUCUCAUGGUGGUAGUGGGUCUCAGUCUUCUGCUGGAACAAUGUGAAACGAGCUCAAGCUGCAGCCAAGAGUCACAUCCUGUCUGAUGAAUCAAAUUAUCAAUUUUCAGAUGUCUGUCGCAGUCUAGACAGGCAGCAAUCAACAGAGCCUGAGAGCAAGUGUCUUAUGGCGUUAUUCUCACCCUUUCACAAAUCAAUUUGAUAAAUGACACAUUAUAUUUCUUUCCACUCAGAUGAUUUGGUGAAAGAAUAAAUGAUUUAUCACAUCUUGAUUUAUGGAAAGCAGUUUGGAAAUUCUAUUUUUACUCUUUUGGCUUUGAGUUGCUCACAUGUUGAAAAAUAUCCAUCUGAAACGUUAGAAAAUUAAAGAGUUUGAUCACCGACACAGACCUUGGUAUCAGCAGCACAAGGUAGGUUACUAAAAACAAAUAUAUCUGCAGACACUGUGCAAAAAUGUUAACCCAACAGUUUUUCCCGCCUUUGAUGACCCAGAGUCAUGAUCCAGUGAGCCACAGUUUCAGCUCAUCUCUCCUCUUUCCCCCUCAGGUCUGUGCGGCAGCAUGAACUUUGAUGAAGCCAGCGAACACGAGGACGACACAGAGGAGGAGCGGACGCGCUCCAUGUCCCCAAACACAGACGCCACCAGACCAGCCUCUGCUGCCAGCGGCAAAGACAUACCAGUAAAUGUGCUCGGCAACACAAUUUACACAAAGCACUACCACACAGGUUUAGUGGUACCUGGAGAUCUCUGGUGGUACUUGAAUCACCCCCUUACCUCAGUGUUCAGUGUCUUUAAUUCAAUGGAACGUAAUGACAUCUCUGAUUGGAAACACUGAAGUGCUGCCUGACAUCCACCAUCACGCUCUGCAGUCUUCAGCCUGACAGAGACUAAGUCCACUUUCACAUAGACACAGAUAUUGAUUGAAAGGACUGUAAAAGCAACAAACCCUUUUGAAAGAUAGAAAACGUUCCACGUUGAAUUGCAGUUUUAGAGGUUUUCUUUGUGUCGACCCAUGGUGGGAAUUUUUCCUCACAAAUUACAGACACGGUCAGUUUGCAUCUGAUUAAAACCCCAGAUGUCCUCCUCAGUUAUUUCAGACAUCAGAGGUCAGGAAAUGCUAAUCCUGUGCAAAUUGGGCUUUAAACCAAACCAAUCCAAAUGAAAACUACAAAGAGUCGUUAUCUCGACUAAUUUAAACAUGUUGAAUUCAUUGUCCCCAGGAGCUGGUAACCCCCGGGUCACCGACAGCAGACAGCGCACUGCUAGAUGUGGCUAAUCUAGAGGAGUUUGUCUUUCGUCCAGCUCCACGCGGUGUCACUGUGAAAUGUCGGAUAACGAGAGACAAGAAGGGCAUGGACCGCGGCCUCUACCCGACAUACUUCAUGCACAUGGAGAAAGAAGACGGCAAAAGAGUGAGUGAAACAAAGGUUUUAUAUGCGAUUACAGAGCUGAAAUGAUCACUUACUUACUCAUAUUUUCCACUGUAAGAAGUAAAAUACGAAGACAAUUUUUUCCUAUAGAUCAAUUGCAACUGUCUCAAGCAGCACUGAACCCAGCCCCAGGAUUGGGCAACAGAUUACAGGCUGAUGUACUCGAUCAUCUACAGCGUUUAAAUGCUGAAUAUUAACAUGCAGAGCUGGAUUUGUGCUUAUUCAGGCUCAAACUACUAAAUGUAGAAAUGCUGCAACAAGACAACUGGACAUAAUAUGUCAAACUCACAGUGUCCACUUUUCUGCAUGCUUGUUCUUCUUGAUUAAACAAGCAUGUCAGGAAUGCAACCGGGUUACAGUCAGUCCAACAGCAGGAAACACAUGCUUCAGAGGUACCAGUGCCGCUGGUGCGGAUACAUGCCAGCGUUACCAGUCAAGGAAAUCUCCCUAUACUGACUCCUUACAUCCCAACAUUCAUUUUUGGAUUUUAAUAUAUUUCACUCAGAAUUAAGUGUGAGUCCCAGAUGAUAUUACAUAUAUGUUUUAUUUUCUUUGUAGGUGUUUCUGCUGGCAGGUCGAAAGAGGAAGAAGAGCAAGACUUCCAACUACCUUAUUUCAGUGGAUGCCACUGAUCUGUCCAGAGAGGGAGAGAGCUUCAUAGGUAAACUAAGGUAAACUCACACCCCAAAUGUUACUCAUCUUAAUAGCAUGACUUAAUUUAUGUCCAAAACCAUGUUCAAAGCUGUGCCAACAUCUUGUCAACAAUGUUCAUCUUUUCAGGUCCAACCUGAUGGGCACCAAAUUCACCGUGUAUGACAACGGCACCAACCCCUGCAAAAACCCCGGAGCGCUGCUGGAGGAGAGCAACAAGAGACAGGAACUGGCAGCCAUCUGCUAUGUGAGCAAAUGACAAAGACUGUUGUUUUGUUGUUAUAAAUAAGCACUUUUACCAUAGUGAAUCAACCCACCACACUUUCUGUACUGUUGGCAGGAAACAAACGUUCUCGGAUUCAAAGGACCCCGAAAGAUGACUGUGAUCAUUCCUGGCAUGAACAUGAACUUUGAAAGAGUCCCAGUGAGACCUCAAAAUGUAAGUUUGACUUUUUUUUACAAGCUGUUGGUAAUAAGGUUUAUCCAUACUCUUAACUGACUCUGCAAAAAAAAGAGGGUCCCAGGUUCAUUGAUGCUGAAUUUCAAAAACUUUUAAAGGGAAACCAUAUUAACGAGAAAAUCGUUGUGACUUCUGUGGAUCCAAGCCCAUUUAAGAUGGAUGAAAAGGGUAUCGAAUUUGAAUUUGACAUUAUUUUGGAAAUCAUGGAGACUGCACGGAGCAUAUGCUCUAUAAUCAACAUGCUAUGCCAUCCACCCAAUGCCAAAUCACAUUCUACGCAUACAACAGGCAGGUUUAGUAGUAGGAGUCCAGGUGCGUCACUGACCCGUCUGCAGCCUCAGCAGCUCAUAAAAUGACUAUCCCAUAAAUUUAAGAGAGGGAUACUAGUAUAUUUAUGUUCAGAUAUGUUGUGUAACUGUCAUGUGGCAGGGUUAAACAAAGGAAAAAGGACCCAAAUGCAGAACGAAGGAUUUAUUAAAGCAAAAGCAAAAAGUAAAAGGCCAACAAAAACUUAGUUAGAAAAUGUCCAAACAAACCGAGAAACAAAAGACACUUGAAAAAAACAAAAACACUGGAAUGAAAAGACACUGGGGAAAAAAUUACAAGAAGGACAAACAUGACAUCAACUGACACUGACCAACAAACACACAGACAACGAACCAACAAGAACAGAGGGGAAGAGUGGGACUUUAUACACACUGGGAAACGAGCAACAGGUGAGGCAGACGAGACACAGGUGAAACUCAUGAGUGAUUAACGAGGAAGGGAAAACGAGGGAAGUCAAAACCGACUAGAAACACAAGGAAUUAACUCCUACAAAAUAAAACAGAAAAUAAUGAAAACUGAUCUUAAGAAUAAAUCACUGAGAACAGGAGGGAAACAGGGUCAAACACAAACUGAAAACUCACAAGACAAGAUCACAGGGGAACAGAAACACUGGGGAAAAUACACAGAAAAUGCACUAAAUAACAAAACCAGGAGAAAGCUAAACGAACAGAACAUAUCAUGACAGUAUCUACUUCUAUGAUAAACCUGAUCUGCCCUCAUGGUGUUAGCCCUGUCUAAUUCAGUUUAUUUUUUUUUACAUUUCCUGGGUGAUGGCUUGGUGAGUAAAGAUGAAUAAAGAUCAGAAUUCAAGGGUAUUAAGAGAGAGUCUGGCGAUAUUGAAAGAAUUCAAUCAGAUUGAUUUCACUGUAUUUCUGUAUGUUCCAGGAGCAGGAGAGUCUCCUGAGCAGGUGGCAGAAUCACUCACUGGAAAACCUGAUCGAGCUUCACAAUAAAGCUCCCGUGUGGAACGACGACACUCAGUCUUACGUCCUGAACUUCCACGGCCGUGUCACCCAAGCUUCAGUGAAGAAUUUCCAAAUCGUCCACGACAACGACCGUAAGCACCUCACUUAAAUCUCCAAUUUCUUUUUCCUGUAUUGGUAAAUCUUUAUAUUGACGACCUGUGUGACUUCCUGUUUCUCCUCACUGCAGCUGACUACAUCGUGAUGCAGUUCGGCAGAGUGGCUGAGGACAUCUUCACUCUGGACUACAACUACCCCAUGUGCGCUCUUCAAGCCUUCGCCAUCGGCCUUUCGAGCUUCGACAGCAAGCUGGCCUGUGAGUGAACUCCCAGGUUUUUAGUCGACGCUAACACCUUCCCCGCCCGCCCAUCUUCUUGUGACUGUUUGGAUGCUGGCAGCAACAAGACUUAAAACAGAAGGAGUGGUUCAAGCUGAGGUCGCUCUGAAGCUGACAGAGAAUAAGAAGAUAGCGGCGCUGUAUUUGUGCCGUGAGCCUUUGUCAUGCUACUUAAACCGGAUUAUUCCAAUAUCAAUUUGAAGCAUUUGUACAGCUCAUUUAUACAUUUGUAUAAACACUUAAAGGGAUAAGACAAAGUUAAAGGCACCGCUCAUCUGUGCUGCAGACAAGUGUCCUUUGCAGACGUCUGGUGCACAAAGAGAUGUUCUAUUUAUGAUGUACUUGUAGUUUAAAGGGAUUUUAAUGUGCGUUUAUCUUCCCUUUUUGGUUUCAAUGUCAUGCUUUUAUUCCUUUCACAGAAUCAGGUGGUAAAUCGCACCAAGGACCAUGAAUCAUUUCAAUGUUUUUUAACACUGGUCUGUAAUCUGGCGCCACCCUCAGGCCAAACCUCAGACUUAUUUAUCACAAGUAACAUUUCAUCCCCCAUUCAUCCACUCUUUUUCUGAUCAUGUACAUUAAAGUCUCAGUGCUCCUUUAACUCAUUAUUUCACCUUCACAGCUAAUUUUAACCUCGGUGAUUAUCAUGUUUUCAGGCCUGUCUGACUUGGUUUUUUGUGAAUACGUGUAAUUUUUAUCUUGUGACUGUGAUUUUUCUUUGUUGGAAACAUGUUGAAUUAUGAAAAAGGAAACUGCAGGAUUGCACAAUUAAAAAAAAAAGGAUAUACAUAUACUUAUCAUAAAA